AUGGGCUCUCCAGACUCGGUGCACACUCGGACUACCUCCGCCGAGUCCCUCAUCCUUCUGCGGCACCUCCGGCGGCAGGUCUCUGCUGCUUCGAUUCCCAUCUUCUUUGACAAUAUCUCUCAACCCCCCUUGGGGUCCACCGACGAUUUAGAAGAAACUCUAGAGCAGGCCUCUGCCGACGAGGCGCAGAACAAUCGCAUUGGUUUGCUCGUCUCUCCUCAACUACUUGCUGCUGCUUUUGGGCAAGAUGAAGAUGCUGAACGAACCGCCGUCGAUAACCUUGGUGUCUCAUUCGCCUCUUCCCUGGAGCGACCUUCAGACGCCUUCAUGCGUCGCCUUUCUUCGACUUCCGGCCUGACGAUGGAGUCCCUUUCCAGUGCAUGCACCACUGAACCACCAACCCCUUCGGAUAACACCUUCGCGAUGGACCCGAGUGACCCUGAGAUGGUCAAAAGUGAUGGCUACCAUGAGGCCCCAGCUUGUCGUGGUACCCAUGCGAUGAUGCCUACAGGUGACAGUAGUCACGCCACCGUCCACCAACGGACGGGCAGUGAGGCCAGUACAACUAGCGCUUUCACUAUCAGCGAGUACUAUGGCAGCCCUGAUUGCUCCGGGAAUACACCUAUGGUGGCUUUGGAAACACUCGUAUCGCCACCCGACACCACGCAGACCAAAGCCACCGAGGCGAUUGACAGCCUAACGCCAACGACAGACAGACGCCCCAAGCCGGGGGUGGCACAGACUCCUGGUACCCUAACCACUCCCAAGCCGAUAUCCUUGGCUCGCAAGUUAACCUUUAACAUUCCGGAGAAGAAGAAUCUGAGAAAGGAGAGUAUGGGUUCUGCUUCAGAUGAUGUAUGUGGCGCAGUAACUCGUUCAAUCGAGCAGUCUUGUACAUCUCAAUUUCCGCCAGUCGGCCCGCUGCGCCAUAGAACCUGCCCUCCUUCGCCUCCCUCCCAGUAUCCUGCAGACCAUAUCAAGCCUGGCCCAUCCCCCAUUCAAGCUCGCCGUCGCGCAAUAUACCCCCACACUCCUUUGGCCAUUGUUCUGCCAGCUCCCACGAGCAAUCCCCUAUUGAGCCUUGACACCGACAGUGUGGCAUCGAGCUCCGGCACAGCCGAUAGUUCCUUUACUGGAAGUUCCAUAGAUUCACCUUCAGCAAACAUGUUUCAAAUCAUCCAACCUGAUCAAUUCUUUCCAUCCCAUGGCAUCCUCCCUAUCACUCCCCAUACCGGUGACUCGUACCAAAAUUCGACCACAAAUCGAAUCCCCUUUCAUAGUCUGGACAACAGCAAACUUCACAAUAACGAGAGUGAUGCUUUACCGGUCGGCGAGCUCUUCCGCACCCUUCAGAUAUGGUUUGAUCAAGAAGGCUUCAGGGAGAUUGCUCCGGUCUUCACAUUCAGCUACUAUAACCGCGUGGAUGACUUGCUCUACUUCACCACCGAACGAGUCGGCUACCCUUUCCACUAUGAUUCGAUGCAACAGGUUCCUGUCUUACGCAAAGUCGUCGCCCCCGACUACGAAGAAGCUUAUGUACUUCUGGAGGGCAAGUCUCAACGCAAUGCGGCCGGCAGAAGGGACUUUAUCAGCCGGCAAGCCAACCUCGACAUGAGAAACGCUGGCAAGUACGUCGUUGAAGACAAAGAAGGCAAAGGGGGCAAGUGGAUCUGGCGAUUGGUGUAUGAAGUCGAAGAGCGCAAAAGCCUGAUGGGCAAACCAAUGCUCGGCGAAAGAGCCUUUAUCCCCAUCACCUUCGCUUGUUCCCCUGAAAUCCUGGCUCCCAGCCAUGCCCGCAAACCUACUCUUCUCAACACAAUUAUGAAAAACAUGGGCUCCAAGAAAACGGCUGUCGCCCUCGACUCGGAGGGCCGUCCCGCUACUCGACCUCGAGGCAAGUCUCUGAUGGGUUACCAUUCACGGAAAAUUUCCGAGUCAACAACAAAGCUUCUGCGUACCCCGCCACGUCACCCAUACCAGUCCAAUCCACCCACAAGCGAUUCGAUACCCUCGCCAGAUACCUUCCCGUCGACAACAACAAGCUCCCAUUCUUCCAACGACAAUGAGCUCUCCCGCGCCCAGGCCCACUUCUUCAAGACCAUCGCACCUGCAUCAGCCAGCCGGUUACGCCCCAUGACAGCCCACGACGAGGACAACGCCACAAAGCGGAACCUACGCAAAGCAAAGACGAACGAACAGCUUCGUCGUCCCUUCACCGCCGAUGCGGCUCGCACAGGUUUCCCAGGUCGCUCCCAACCACCGCUGCCAAUCGUACCAGUCUUUGGCAUGGCUCCUCAACCCUCUCGGGCAACUCCCCAAACCGCCGGCAACAGAUUUCAGUCGCGGCCUAAAACGGCAGACGACCGUCGACCACGGACAGCCAAAUCGCAGCUCGAUAUCCGCCGCAUCGCAGCCGCCAGCUUCUACGCUCCGGCCUCCGGAUCUCCCUAG